AUGAAUUAUGAAGAUAAAAUUGAAGAUGAAAUUGAAGAUGAAAUGGAAGAUGAACUUGAAGAUGAAAUUGAAACAGAAAUGGAGCUUGAAUAUUAUGAUCAGGUCAGGCUUUUGAUGGUGGCAACUAAGGCAAUUAUCAUUUUAUUGGGAAGAAUUAUGACGAUGCCUCCGACCAUUGACAACUCUUUGAUGCGACGACCAAAAACUAGGGAAGGAUUCCAUUUUGUACGUAAUAUGCUCGAUGGAGAUCCAAACAGUUUUCGACAGUUGUAUAGAAUGUAUCCGGAUGUCUUUAUCAAAUUAUGCCAGAUCAUUAGAGAGAAAACUCAUGUUCAAGAUACACGAUACACAACUGUUGAAGAAAUGGUGGCAACAUUCUUGAUCAUUGUUGGACACAACGAUCGUUAUUGUAAUGUUCGUCAAAGGUUUGGUCGUUCACAUUUUGCUACUAGUCAGAACUGCAACAAAAUCUUGAGAGCAUUGAACACCAUAGCACCGGACAUGAUGGUUAAGCCGACUACAGCAAUACCAGCUAAAAUUCGGGAAAGUACACGGUUUUAUCCUUUCUUUAAGGAUUGUAUCGGAGCUAUAGAUGGAACUCAUAUCUCGGCCACGGUCAUAGGCAGAGACGUAAGCAGUUAUCGUAACCGUCAUGGGGUGCAAUCGCAAAAUGUUUUGGCAGCUUGCAACUUUGAUUUGCAGUUCAUCUAUGUGCUUAGUGGAUGGGAAGGCUCGGCCCAUGAUUCAAAACUUUUAACUGACGCAUUAUCCAGACCUAAUGGACUUCAUGUGCCUCAAGGUAAAUAUUUCCUAGUGGAUUGUGGAUUUGCUAAUCGCCGUCAGUUUUUGGCUCUGAUGCGUGGUGUUCGAUAUCAUCUCAAAGAUUUCGGUGGUGACGAUCGUCACCCCAGAAAUGCAGAUGAGUUGUUCAAUCUUCGACAUGCAUCAUUGCGAAACGUGAUUGAACGAAUUUUUGGAAUCUUCAAAUCACGAUUCACAAUUUUCAAAACGGCUCCUCCGUUUUCAUUUCAAACACAAGCAGAGUUGGUAUUGGCUUGUGCUGGGUUGCAUAACUUUCUUCGAAAAGAGUGUCGUUUUGAUGAAUUUCCAAUUGAAGAUGAAGAAGAGAAUGUUGCACCCGAUGCUGAGAACGAUGCAGACAAUUUGGAAUAUCUUUCUCAAAGCCAGCUGUCUCAGAGGAAUGAAGCUAAUGCAUGGAGAGCAAGUAUUGCUAAUGCUAUGUGGGAAAAAAGUUCAACGUAUGAAAACGAUGGAAACGAAUAUGAUGAGACUGAAGAUAAUGCAUAG